ACGUGGACCGUCACCACAGCUAUGGCGGAUGCUGUAGGGGAAGUGCUUCAAGGCAGCUGGGAUGAGGAUCUGGCUGAUGCUCUUGACUCAGCAGGCUAUGAUCUGGAUGCUGACCAGGAUGGUGUCAUCCAGGUCCAAAACCUGCCCCCACCACAGCGGGCCAAGUUAUGGAUGAUUGCUUUGAACGUGUCUGGUAAAGGAGACAGUCUGUCCUCAUGGGAUGGGGCUCUGGACCUACCAGAACAGACGCUUAUUCACAGUCGCAGUCAGCAGAUCAUUGAUCAGCUGGGGGUACCAGUGGAGGAAGGGAGGGACCUGGUAUCAGACGUGGAGUCAGUUAUCACCUUCUAUUGCAAGUCCAGAAAUGUCACCUUCUCUCCAGAUCUUAGCUGGCCACACCUUCUCAAACCACUCCUGGGCUUACAGCUGCCCCGCAGAGACCUUUACAACUGCUUCUAUGCAGUCAUGAAUAAAUACAUCCCACGAGACUGUGUGGUGAAAGGACGGCCAUUUCACCUGUUCAGACUCCUGCUACAGUACCACGAGCCUGAACUCUGCUCAUUCCUGGACACAAAAAAGAUCACUCCUGAUUCCUAUGCCAUUAUCUGGCUGGGCAGUCUCUUUUCUAGUCACUGUCUACCUGAGGUCACACAAGCCUUGUGGGACAUUUACCUCCAACAGGCCGACCCUUUUCUAAUCUUCUUCCUCAUGCUCAUCAUCCUUGUCAAUGCCAAAGACAGCAUUCUCACACAAGAAGGAGACAGUAGAGAGGAGAUAAUCAAAAUGCUGGAGCAGUCGCCGUCAUUACUAGAGGCAGAGGACAUAGAAGACUUGUUCUCUUUGGCACAGUAUUACAAUAGCAAAACUCCUCUUUCUCUCAGAAAGGAGAACCAUAAUCUGUUUGGCAGUAGUCUGGUGGCUUUGAAGGAAGAAGACAUGGACCUGAGUGAGGCGCUCUGUCUGCCUGUAUCUGUCCCUGAGAUCCUUCAAGCCAACCAGCUACAACCUGAAGGUGUGAGGUUUUUUGUUGUCGACUGUCGUCCUGCAGAGCAGUACAAUGCUGGUCACCUCUCCACUGCCUUUCAUUUGGACUCUGACCUGAUGCUCCAUAACCCUUCUGAGUUUGCCCUGUCAGUGAAGUCUCUUCUGGAGGCACAGAAGCAGUCUCUUGAGUCAGGCUCUGUGGCCAGCGGAGAGCAUCUGUGCUUCAUGGGCAGUGGACGUGAAGAGGAGGAUAUGUACAUGAACAUGGUGCUCGCCCACUUUUUACAGAAAAGCAAAGAGUAUGUGAGCAUAGCAAAAGGUGGCUUCAUGGCAUUGCAGCAGCACCUGGCAGAUAUUAAUGUUGAGGGGCCGGAUAAUGUUUAUGUUCACUGGAUCGUGAGCACCUCAGGAUCCCACAGCAGCCUCAGCUCAGUGGAUGUGAGUUGUGGGGACUUGAAUAGCACAGACGGCAAAGGAGUUAAAUCACUUGUCAACAAAAUGACCUUUGCACUUAAGUCAAAGUCAGUUAAUGUAAAAGAAAAGGUGAUCAGCUUCAUUGAGAACACUUCCACGCCUGUGGAAAGAAUAUCUAUCAAUCUGCCCUGGCCAGACAAGGGGAUACUGGAUCGGCAUGUGAGCAGCAGUGAUCGGGUUGGGAAGCCGUACAGGGGUGUGAAGCCUGUCUUCAGCAUUGGUGAUGAGGAAGAGUAUGACACGGAUGAGAUUGACAGGUCAUCAAUGUCAGAUGAUGACAGGAAAGAGAUUGUCAAUAUUCAGACUUGGAUAAACAAACCAGAUGUAAAGCACCAUAUUCCAUGCAAUGAGGUUAAGGAGACCGGACACAUGUUCCCAAGCCAUCUCCUGAUCACUGCAACACACAUGUACUGUUUAAGAGAGCUCGCCGCCCGUAAAGGUUUUGCUUGCAUCCAGUCCAGGCAGGCCCUCAACUCUGUGGUGAAGAUCACCUCCAAGAAGAAGCAUCCAGAGCUCAUCACUUUUAAGUUUGGCAACAACAAUGCCACAGGAGUGGAGAUACUGGCUGUGGAGAGGUAUUUAAUUCCGAAUGCGGGUGAUGCCACUAAAGCCAUCAAACAGCAAAUAAUGAAAGUUUUGGAUGCUAUGGAGAGCUCUUAGUGACGGAGACAUCAGAGAGGCUUCGCUCUGGUCAUCCAGGGGACGACCACUGCUCCAGCCAGAUGUCAGCCUGAAGGGGAAGGAGGGAGUAGAACAUUUACACACUCUGUUUCUUUGACAUCGUCCCUUCCAUCUCCUCCCUGGGCAACACUGACAUUGAGAACUUGAGUGCUGUCAAGACUCUUUGGGCGCGUUGCUAUCAUGAUUGACAGGAAUUCUAAAAAUUUAGGCAAGGAGAUGUGAAUACGAGCCUGCAUUUGAAAUGUUUAAUUUGUUUAUUUUGCUUUUGUUAUCAUUUCUGUUUUGAGAACCUGAGUUAAUUAGGCAAGUUAGAUUUAUUAUCUCUCCUUUAUCUGUCUCGAGCCUUAAUGAAAAGCUACUGCAUUUUAUAUGAAAGACUCAAACAGGUCCUCUGGAUGAGAAAACAUUUUUGGAAUACUUUAAUAUAUGAGGUUAUUAAUUAAUUUGCCAUUUGAAGAUUUAAGUAUCAUAUAUUGCUGUGAACUCAUGUAACAGAGAAGAGUUUCAUGCAUAUUUAUCAGAGCAGUGUCUUUACAGCACAAAUAAUUGGAGUCAGAUCACUGGCAUUGAUGAUGUAUGUGCUUAAUUUUCAUAUUGGGAAAGAACACUACUCUCCACGAUGUUGCUUGCACAAAAGAGGCUGCACCAGUGUGAUGCACAAAUACUUACACACAACUCAUUAAAAUGACCUUUGGAAACCAGAAAUAAUGAUAACCUUUUAAGUCACCUGUUAUAUUCUGAUUCCAAGAAAUUUUGUGAUUGCAGCCUUGAUGAUUAAAGGGAACAGGUCAAGAGAAAGUCAUUGUACACUUACAGUAAAACUAGACUUCUCUGUAAAUCAUGGCCAAGUUUACCAGAGAAUGUAUUGAGAAAAAGUUUUCAGAUGCCAAUAAUUGAUUGCAUUAUGUGGACCAGCUCCUGAAGAAAUAGACUGGAUUCAUAAGCCAGUUGUCAUCGAAAUCAAAUAAAUGCAUAAAUAAAUAAACCAUUUACCAGUAUCAAUCAUAACGGUACAUCUUAACACAGAUCAAAGGAAUGUAAGGAAAAUUAAGGUUGACAUGAAGACUAGGGGAGAGCUAUUUAUAUAUUUUUGGUCCCUCUGUGUGAGGAAAAAGUCCUGCCACUUUGUCACACUAUGCUAGUUCUGAAAAAUUUAUUUGAAAGCUUAAAUAAAAGUCCCUUGUAUUAAUUGUUUGUUAAAACCAUGGAUUACUAUUGAUAAAAGUUUUAAUAAAUCCAAAUGAGGUCCA